AUGGCGGCACCUGUUCAUGCUUCGUCCUCGUUCCAUCUACGAUUACCCAAGAUCGAUCUUCCCAAGUUUAACGGUGAUUUUUCGCGUUGGCUCGCAUUCCGUGACACGUAUACGUCGAUGAUCCACAGCAAUGCAGAUAUUCCGACGGUUGCGAAGCUGCAGUACUUGCUGCAGUCGCUGGAGGGAGAAGCCCGAAAACCAUUCGAGUCCGUAGACAUUGAAGCGGACAACUACGCAUCGACUUGGGAAGCAUUGCUAAAGCGGUACGACAACAAGCGGUUCCUGAAGCGUCAGCUCUUCCGUGCUCUGUACGACCUCCCACCGGUCAAGCGAGAGAACCCUCCAGAAAUCCAAGGAUUGGCUGACGAUUUUCACCGGCAUGUGCGGGCUUUGGCAAAGUUAGGCGAGCCAGUCCAUUAUUGGGACACCCCAUUGGUCAACCUCCUUUCCUACAAGUUGGAUCCAACUACACUACGUGCUUGGGAGGAAAAAACCAGCAAUAACGACGACGUUACCUAUGAUAUGCUGAUCGAGUUCCUCUACCAGCGUGCCCGAAUGCUGACGUCUGUCGUAACUGACCUACAAUAUUGGUCCCAACAACCGGUUAUAGCCAAGGUGGCCGGUCCGAUUCCAACCCCGAAGCCGUUCAAGGUGGCGUACAAGGCAGCUACCGUUGAACCGAACUACAGUGCUCCCUCGUGCCUCGCUUGUCCAGAGAAGCAUUUCCUCUUCCAAUGCCCUGCAUUUUCCGAGGUGUCCGUCCGCCAGCGCCGUGAGCUGGUUUCCCAAAAGCGCUUAUGCUGGAAUUGCUUCCGUACUGGACACCAAGCCCGGAACUGUACCUCCAAGUUCUCUUGCCGUUACUGUCACGAAAAAAACCACUCCCUGCUGCACGAGUCAGAAUCGUCGAAGAUGCUAUCGACUCCUGUUAACGAGGAAAGUCAGCCGAUUCCCUCGACGUCCGCCCACGCUGACCCUUCAAGCUCGGCGAAAUCGAACAGCCAACUUGAUAGUCACCUGCUUGCAAAUUCCCUGAACCUUCAUCGCACCAAGGUGGAUAUCGCAGUAGCUGGUAUAGGAGAAUCCACCAAGCAGAUUAAGUGCCAAUUAACUGCUAUGAUCGAGUCGAAGUCGACACCGUACUCCACCAAGCUUGAGUUCCUGAUCCUCAAGAGACCGACGGUCAACCUUCCGACCGUUCCGAUCGACAUUUCCGCGUGGAAUCUUCCCAAGUUGUCGUUGGCAGACCCCAGAUUCCACAUCCCAUCCGACAUUGACAUGGUUGUCGGUGGUGAAGCGUAUCAUGAGCUGCAUCCUGGCAGCAAGCGUUCCCUGGGAGAGGGACUACCGUUGCUAAUAGAGACGGUGUUCGGAUGGACUGUUUCCGGGAAGAUAUCCAUCAAUCAUCCCACCAUUCCCCGCAUCUGCCAUCUAACCACUGUCGAUCGAAGCUUAGAACAAGCGUUGCAGAAGUUCUGGGAGCUAGAAGCUGUUGAGCCGUGUUCUGUGUAUUCCGUAGAAGAAAAACAGUGUGAAGAACUUUACGCUACUACCACCACUCGCGAUUCGUCCGGUCGUUAUCUCGUUCGUUUGCCACUCACCCGUGAUCCGCUAGUCAACCUCGGCGAAUCCAGAGCCAUCGCCGAACGUCGGUUUCUGAGCCUUGAGAAGCGACUAGAGCGGGAUCCACCCACCAAGGAUGCAUACUGCAAGUUCAUGGACGAAUACGAACGAAUGGCGCACAUGAAGAAGCUCGUCGAUCCAGUAGACGAUGUGAACCCGCACUGCUACCUCCCGCACCAUCCUGUGUUCAAGGAAUCCAGCACAACCACGAAGGUCCGAGUUGUUUUCGACGCGUCGUGUAAAACAUCGUCAGGAUUUUCCGUCAACGAUAAGCAGCUCGUUGGUCCUGUCGUCCAGGAGGACCUGUUGUCUAUCGUCAUGAGGUUCCGCACACACCCGAUCGCCAUCGUAGCCGACAUCGAGAAGAUGUACCGACAGAUUCAGCUGCAUCCCGAGGACCGACCGCUUCAACGCAUUCUCUGGCGUUCCAACCGCGACGAUCCGCUCAUAUCGUACGAGCUCCAAACCGUUACGUACGGUUUUGCAUCCGCGCCAUUCCUGGCAACUCGCACCCUCCUACAAGUUGCACAGGACGAAGGCGACAAGUACCCCGCCUCCGUAGAUGCUGUGAAGCAGGAUUUUUACGUCGAUGACUUUUUAUCGGGAGCUGACGAUGUCCAAUCCGCAAUCCGCCAUCGCCAAGAAGUUUCCGCCAUGCUUACGUCAGCUGGCCUUCCGUUAAAGAAGUGGGCAUCCAAUUCCUCCGAAGUCCUUGCGCAAGUCCCGCAAGAAGAUCUCGCUCUACUACCACUGCAUGAUCUCCAGGACGAACAAUCCAUAUCCACCUUAGGACUCGUUUGGGAGCCGAAGUCCGAUACGAUGCGCUUCAAGGUCCAGUUGCCGUUACCAGCACCCGUCCUGACCAAAAGGAAGGUCAUGUCCUACAUUGCGCAGAUCUUCGACCCACUAGGGCUAGUUGGCCCGACAAUCACCGUAGCGAAGCUGUUCAUGCAGCGCCUGUGGGCAUUGAAGACCGACGCAGGAGAUUCAUACGAGUGGGAUCGUCCGCUGCCUCCGCGUCUACAAGGCAAAUGGAAGGAAUUCCAUGGUACGCUAGAUACAAUCUCCAAAAUCCGCAUUCCCAGAUUCGUGUCGCAGAUCAAGACCGAAACCAUCCAGCUCCACUUUUUCUCCGAUGCUUCAGAGAAGGCAUAUGGUGCAUGCUGCUACGUCCGUUCUGAGUCAGCUGCAGGGAUUCGUGUUCAGCUGCUAACGUCAAAAUCCAAGGUCGCACCGUUAGCCACCUGCCAAUCGAUUGCGCGCCUAGAGUUGUGUGCCGCUGUGUUGUCGGUUAGCCUAUAUGAGAAGGUGAUGAAGUCCCUUAAGACAUCGUGCGAAGUGUUCUUCUGGGUUGAUUCGACGAUAGUCCUCUACUGGCUACAAUCGUGCCCGUCGCGCUGGAAAACGUUCGUGGCAAACCGAGUGUCCACAGUCCAAUCCUCUACCGCAUCUUGUUCCUGGCAGCACGUUCCCGGAGAAUCCAACCCAGCAGACCUUAUAUCACGAGGUGUCAAUCCAACCGAUAUCGUGAACCUCGAGUUUUGGUGGAUAGGACCGCAAUGGUUAGGGGUUUUGCCACACCAUUGGCCACGCACUGUGCUGCCAGCGUUCGAUUUAUCCACAAUGCCAGAGAGCAAAAGCAAUGUCGCCGUGAUGUCGGUAACGGUAGCCGAACCAUCGUUUUCCGCUCGACUGUUCAGUCGCUACUCCAGCUUUACAAAGCUACGACGUUCCAUCGCGUAUUGGAUGCGAUAUUUCCGCUCUCUACGAGCUGCCGUGCAGAAAACCAAGCCAGAGCCGUUUGACUCGCUUUCAACGGCCGAUCUACGCGAGGCUGAUUUAGCCUUGUGUCGCGUAGCCCAACGGGAGAUGUUCUCCAAGGAGCUCUCUAAAAUAACCAGACGUGAACCCCUUCCCGCAUCGUUAAAGUGGUUGAAACCGACGAUGUAUAAAGAUGGCGUUAUUCGAGUCGGUGGGAGACUCAAAUACGCCGUAGUUUCGGAAGAAAUGAAGCACCCGAUAAUGCUGCUUGCGAAGCAUCCGCUGUCCGUGUUGUUGACCGAGUACUACCACAGCAAUCUGCUACAUGCAGGACCACAACUGACGCUAACUACACUGCGUCAGAAGUACUGGGUGAUUAGAGGACGCGACCUCGUUCGCCGCACGUACCAUCAGUGCCACACGUGUUUUCGCAGCAAGCCCCGUUUGAUCCAGCAAACCGUAGCAGACCUGCCGUCCUCGCGAGUCUCGCCAACCAGACCGUUCUCCGUAUGCGGUGUAGACUAUUGUGGACCUGUCUACAUUAAAUCGCUGAUACGCAACCGUGCACCUACGAAGGCAUACAUCGCGAUCUUCGUGUGUUUCUCCACCCGCGCUGUCCACAUCGAACUGGUCUCUGACCUAUCCACGCCAGCCUUUCUGGCUGCCCUCCGCCGUUUCGUCGCCCGCAGAGGAAGAAUGAGGGAGAUCCAUAGCGACAACGGCACCGCAUUCAAGGGAGCGUCCAAUGCACUCAACCGAAUCCACCACAUGCUAAAGUCCGAUCAGGGUGGACGAAAGCAGAUCCUCGACUGGUGUUCCGAGAAUGAGAUCAUGUGGCGAUUCAUUCCACCUCGCGCUCCGCACUUCGGCGGUCUGUGGGAAGCAGCCGUCAAGUCAGCAAAGCACCAUCUGCUUCGUGAGAUCGGCAGUGUGAAUGUCAGCUACGAGGACAUGAUAACCAUACUCGCCCAGAUCGAGAUGUGUCUAAACUCCAGACCUCUCACUGCCAUACCGUCCGAUCCGUCAGACCUGGAAGCUCUGACCCCAGGCCAUUUCCUGGUGGGAACCAGCCUACAAGCCGUUCCAGAGCCGUCACUUUGCGAUGUACCCGACAAUCGACUUUCACAUUGGCAGCUCACCCAGAAGCGUGUCCAAAGGAUUUGGGCAAGGUGGUAUCCCGAGUACCUUCAGCAGCUGCAGUCACGAGCCACGAAGCAGUACCCCAAGGUCACCAUUGAACCCGGACGAGUUGUGGUGAUCAAGGACGAAUGUCUGCCGCCAACUCAAUGGCCACUCGGAAAAAUCAUCCAGGUACACCCGAACAAGGAUGGAAUUGUUCGCGUUGUCACCCUGAAAACCGCCACAUCCGAUUCAGUUGUCCGUCCAGUCGUGAAACUGGCCUUGCUUCCGACACCGGAAACGCAGUCCACAGCGUCUGAUCCCAGUUCGGACGAAGAAUAG